UUUUCUUCGGGUAACUUCUUUUCUUUAAAAGGCAAUGAACGACAUUCUGCAUUGAUUUUUAUCAAAGCAACAAACUGCAUUCGUUACGAAUGUGUAACCAUUCUUUUCUCCCUUUCUUUUUCUAUUUUGUUCUAAUAAGAAUGCCUUCGCGCAAACUACAACCAGACGCUUUGGAGCCUUUAUCCUAUGGCCUUGAGUCUAUGAAAGAGUUAUAUGACUGGAAGCCCUCAGAUAAUGAUCGUUUUCACGUUGCAUCUGUACCAAUACAGACUCGUAACUUGGCAAUGGAUACUAGACCGCGUCUUUUACUGACGCAUGAUAUGGCAGGUGGAUAUAAAAAAGACGCACAAGUCCAAGGCAGCCACUAUAAAGAAAUUUAUUAUAUCCAAGACUGGCAUUUAGUUGACAUCUUUAAUUACUUUUCUCAUAAACGUGUAUCCAUUCCACCUGUCAAUUGGAUCAAUGCUUGUCAUCGAAACGGUGUAAAAUGUCUAGGUACAUUUCUAGUAGAAGGAGAUAAUCAAAUGCAUGAAAUGGAGGCUUUACUUCAUGGUCCUCCUUUAGUCCCUCCUCCUAGCGAUGAUCCAAUGAGACUCUGGCAUCCUUUUUACGCAGAUAAACUAGUGGCUAUUGCUAAAUACUUUGGGUUUGAUGGUUGGUUGAUUAAUAUCGAGUCCGAGUUUUUUUCUUUCCCAACAAAUCCUAGAUUUAAGGCACAAGAAUUAGCCAAGUUUAUUGGUUAUUUGACCGAAACAAUACAUCAACAGAUACCUGGAUCUCAAAUCAUUUGGUAUGACAGUAUGAUAUAUACAGGUGACAUUUACUAUCAAAACCAAUUGACACAUCGCAAUAUGCUUUUCUUUAAGGAAGCGGAUGGUAUAUUUAUCAACUAUUGGUGGAGGAAAGAGUACCCCGAGAUGACUCGACGUAUGGCAGAGAGAUGCGGUAAAUCAGGUUUUGAUGUUUACUUUGGUACAGAUGUAUGGGGAAGAGGCACAUUUGGUGGCGGUGGAUUUAAUUCACAUAAGGCUAUCAAGACAGCUACUUAUGCUAAUACUUCUUCUGCUUUGUUUGGUAUGGCUUGGACUUAUGAGUAUUUCAAUAAAGCGGAUUUUGAGAAAAUGGAUCGAUUGUUUUGGCAUGGAGGCAAAGAUACUGAAUAUCCCUCACAAACAUGUAGCACAAGCUCAGAGAGUGAAGAAAGCGAAGAGAAAUCAUUGCAGACAAGGCACAAAGGUAUCGCUGAUGUAAUACCAUUCAUCUUACCUGUGCCUGAUAAAGAUGCAUUUGUUACUUGGUUUGACCGAGGAUUUGGUACUCGAUUCUAUCAUAAAGGGAAAUUGCUCUUGUCCGAACCUUGGUCUCAUUUAUCACACCAAGCUAUUCUUCCUAACCUCGACUAUCAACAUCCUAAUUGUCUUCCAAUCGAUGAAAAUGUUCAGUUUUCCUGUUCGCUCGAAUGCGAAUACGAUGCAUUUCAUGGUGAUACAUCACUUGUAGUCAAAGGUCAACGUUUAACAUAUCGAGAGUCAAGAGAUACAGAAGUAGAAGUCUUGAUUCCGCUCUAUCAACUCAACGUAAAUGUCAGUCAGGGAGCUCUCUUGCGCUAUGUGUAUCAAACACCAUUGAAGGAGGAUGUCAAGAUAAUCAUGUCAUGUCAUUUCUCUUUACAAACGCAUCGUUCACAUACAGAUACCUUUUUUCAGUCAUGGCUAUCCAAAGAGUAUUCGUUUGAUCUUGAAGAUGAGUUUCGUGUUACAGUUACCAUUGGCUCAGAGAACACAACACCAAGUCGUUGCUAUCUGUUUUCUGUGACGAAUGAAGAUGGUGCAGGUAAAUGGAUCACAAAAUCAAUUCAAAUACCUCCUGUAGAUGAAGAUAGUAAACUUUUUAUGACUCGAAUUGAAAUGACAGUUGUCACAAAUACAGCAAGUUUGGCUGGUGUCAAGCCUCAUGUCAUUGUUGGUCUAGGAUAUCUAAGCGUUAUACCAACCACUUUACACCAAGAAGGAUUCAUCAAAGAUCUAGCAUGGAAAGAUACAAAAGUCGAGAUCACGGAUGAAAACCUAGAGGGAGAGCCACUUGUUCGCUUUUUUGGUACAUUACAGUGGAUGACUGCAUUUGAGACAGAUAAUAGUUGGCAACAAGUAGAUUAUUAUCUUAUUUAUUAUGAGGCACAUGAUGGCAUACGUUUGUUUUUGGGUACUGCAUUCACUAAUCAAUACCGUAUCUCAGGCUUAGACUGUAUGAAUCCAUCGCAUAAACAUCUUAUCGUUGUAGAAGCUGCUAAUAGAGAAGGUUGCAUUGUUUCAGAAGCUUGCUUGGACAUUUCUCUUCAAUAAAAAAGACUUUGUGCUUGUUCGAGUUCCAAAAGACUCUUUAUUGAUAGAAUAUAUUGAAUAAAAAUUAUUGAGAAAGUCUCUAUUGCGAUUUUUUAUGGGUGUCUUUCUUUGCUUUUGACUUGAAGCAUCGAUAGUUCUUGCAUUCAUACCCAGCUUUGCACUCAUAGUAAGUAGCAAUACCCUGUGCUUGUCCAGUUUGUCCACAAGUGCCAUUCUCACCAGAUUGAAUUACUUUCUCAGCCUGAAUAGAUAACAAGAAGAGAGAGGACAAUAAAAUAAAGAAAGUGUACUUCAUACCGAUCAAUAAGAAAUGCAUUUGUUAAGGCACUCUUUAUAUAG